CAGUUUGUAACGGCUUUUGAGAAGUUUGCGAUAAAUUCAUUCUAUUCUACGUUUACUUAUAACGAUAAUAACGAAUUGUUCAGUGUUCUUGUUCAACCGAAAUCGAGACUAUCUUGUGCGUUGUUCUCUCCACAACUGUUCAAUAAUUCAAAUUACGAUGAUGGGUAACUACAGUAUGAAAGCUUGGAUUGAAAGUACCACUGACUGUAAUCAUACCCCAAAAAAUCUUCUACGGAGGCUGGAUUCAGAUUUAGACCCACGUUCUCCCACCAUAGGAAUUGCAAGAACUCCAAUUUUUGUGGAAAAUUUUGAUGAUUCUAUGUCAACUCUUGCCAGCUCAGAUUCGCCCCUCUCGAUGGAAUAUGAAGAUGCCAACUCUGCUAGCAAAAGUGACACAAGCAUUUCAUGUACUGACCCUUCCAUGAUAAUCUCAGAAUUGAAUUUCUCAGAAGAAGAAUCAGUUCCCAGUAGCAAAGCCCCUUUGCCAGAGGAAAAAGAAAUGGAAAUAACUCCGCCAACACCCUCGACACCAGUGUCCGUGUACCUUGAUGACAAAGAUGUUGAAAUUCCCAGUUCUGAUUCGAAGGCUGAAGUAGUAACAACUCCUGAGCCCAAGCAUGCUCCUAAAUCUGUGUCUUUGACCCCAGUUUCCAGCAAUCCAAACGAUCCUCUGUUCGAUGUGAGAAAGAAACUUUUCAACGCAACACGGAUGGGCCGGAAACCCUUGGAAAAUGUUCAGAAUACAGCAUCACCGCAACAGAUUCUGAGAGCAAAGCAGUGGCGUGACUUUCAAGAAGAGAGAGUCAAACGUGGCAUCAUGUUGGAUGAGAACACUCCACCUCCCAAAUUCGAUGGCUGCGCAUCAGCACCAGGAAAGUUAGCGACCCGGCGAAGGCCUCUUGCUCUUGCAGAUCCACCAACAUCAUUCCAAUCUUAAUCUCAUCAUUUACCAAGAUUCUGCGAUUAUUUUUAGUCACAAUUUUGAUAGUCAAGUAUGGGAGUCUCUAAUUUCUAUAAUCAUUCUCAUUAAAUAAGACCUUCAAUGCCUCUCGGGUGCCAUGAGCUGAGUAGUUCCGGCCAAAUCUCUGAGCUGACUCCUAAAAGGAGACAAGAUCCUUUGUCUUCAUCUCAGCCUGGAAGCUAAUUGUAAAAAUUAAUCCUCUCCUAAAGGUGGCCAAGGAAAUUGGUGCAAAUUCUUUCUCUCUUCCUUAUUGGUAGUUUGUCUUAAUCUAUGAAAAACUUUAAAAUUUAACCUUAAAUGAGGCUAUUCAUUGUCAUCAAAAAUAUGAUCUUGCCAUUAUCAAACUUUCAAUAGACAUUUUAAUUUUACUCAUAGCAAUUUAGCUCCGCUGAAACACCUAGUCGCAGUCUUUUACAUUUUGAAAAUAAGGAGAUGUUACAUUAUUCCUACUCUCGAAUUUAGCACUGGCUGUAAGUGGGACUUCAUAACUGAUAUUGAUUCGAUGCUCUGAUAUAUCUGAGUUUUAUAACUACCCGAUUUUUUUUUUUUUCCAAAAUGACAGGAUACAACUGCGUGGUUUUGUUUUUGUUGUUCAUUGUAGAAGAAACACCUUAUGGUUACCUAAAUACUGGGUUUUGUUACCUCUGCUCUUUCAAAUUAACUUAGAAUGUUCUUUACAGCUCUAAAUUGAAUCUAAAGCAAAUUUAAAAAUGCAUGAAGACAUCAAAUAUUUUUUGUUUAAUACCAGUUCUGCUCACACUUUAAUCUGUACAGCUGAUGGCCAAUUAUAGCUGUUCAUCUCUUUCACUAACUAUUGAUAAAGAGUUUCUGACUGAGCUCUCAAAAUUACCACAAUGUAAAACAUUGAUGAUUAAUCACAAGAGUGCAAUAACCAUAUCAAAGUGGUGUGAGGUUUUCAAAAGAACAUUCCUGAGGUAGAAUGCUGGACAUUCUUUCAUUGAAAAUUCAAUUUUUAACUGAAGAAUUGAAAGCAGAAUCAGAAUUCCGGCCAAACGAGCUUCUGACUGAAAUUUCACUUCAGGUAACUGCCAAGAUUGACUUCAUAAUUCUUAAACUUUCUUGUCCAUUGUAAUGGGUAAACAAUAAUUGUAUUUGACAGAAAGAAAACCCACCCUAAUGUAUUGAUUUUACGGCUGGGAUUCCUUUCAAAAAUCAUGCGAGCAAUCAGCUCUAAUUUUCCAGUAGAAUCAUCUGAGGCUACAUUUUGAAAGAUGAACUGUGCCAUUCUUUUGUUCUUAAAAUUCAAUCAUGAUCAUGUUUAACCUCCCUAUGUACUAUUUUUGUUCUAAAUGUAGGUCGGAACUUUUUUAUUCAGUAUUUUUCAAACCAACAUGCCUGACAUCCGCAUUUGUGUAUCACCAUUCAUUUUGCAGUUGGCCAUAUUUUACAUAUUUAUGACAGUUAAAGAAGUUCAAAAGUAUCUGCUCUGCUCAAGUUACAUACUGAGAAUGUAAUAUUGUAAAUACUCUGGCAAAAGCCAUCAAUUGUUUGUAAAUUAGUGACUUAAGAAUUUUGUAAAUGUUUUCCAUAAAUCAUGAUAACUUUUCCCUCCUUUUUAAAAAUGUUUAUUGAAUUCCAGUGGAUUGAGGACAUUCUUGUGAUCAGUUGCAAUUAACACUCCUGUCUAUAAAAUUUAUCUUCCUCUUCUAAGCACCCAGGAUUCUAAUUUGCUCACUCUCUGGAUGAUUACAUUUUUCUCUCUACAAUAAUUCAGUAAAUCUUCUUAAGCUUUUAUUUUGUUGGAAGAUGUGCUAAAUAUUUAAAGGCAACACAGGAUUUUGUGAUUAUUUCAAGUUUUGGAGAGUCAUUUUUUGAAAUUCUCUGAACAGCACUUUACUCAUCAAUUUAGUAAAAUUGCUCCUUGCAAAAAUAUCAGACUUGAUAAAUCAGCAUAAAAUUAUGGAGUUUUGGAGACAUGAUUUUAAAACUGCACCUCAAAAACCAAUCUUCACUAAAAAAGGAAAAGUACGCAAUUGCGCUAUCUUUAAUUCUUCCUCUACUUGUAGAGAUCUUAUGGAAUAACUUCUACAACUUUUAUCUUUCUUUAAUUUUGAAGUAUUCUGCUCACUGAGAGUGAAGAAUGUUAUUGAAAAUGAACUUUUCUGAAUGUAGUCGUUUUUCCUCAUUCAAAUCUGUACCACUAUUUUGUUUUUGAACCUGUGAUCAAAUUUUGUAAUUUGUAACAAUAAAACAUAAUGAAUAAUUCAA